UGUUUGUGAGCGCGCAGCGUAGGCGUUACGUCACUGAAGUCCUCCAGCUCUGGGAAGAUGCUGGUCUGUGUCUGCAAAUAUUAAAAUCAUUAAGCAAUAGAAAGAAAAGAAAAACAGACCGCUUCCUCUCCAUCACACAAUAUCUUGGACAGACGGUCGCUAUAUCGGAUGAAACAUCCCAGCCGCAAGGGCAGCACAUUUGCUCCAUCAGCCAGAAAGAUACAGAAGACCAUCUUUUGCUUGACCGAUCACAUUCCUUAUACAUGAGAUGAAGAUGAUGACCUGGCCUUUGUAUUAGCACAUUCCUUCACAUUCAUUUUUGCCUUGGUAAAUUGACCAAAUUUGCCAAAAAUGUACGGAAGUUCACGUUCUGUGAGCAAAAUGGACAGUAAUCACAGUGCGGGUCGAAACAACCAGAGCAACUCGGGAAGAUCGCCUCGACUGCCUCGGUCACCCCGAAUGGGCCACCGUCGCACCAACAGCAUGGGUGGAAGUGGAGGAGGUCCGGGCGGCUCUGGAGGCAAGACACUAUCCAUGGAGAACAUUCAAUCUCUUAAUGCUGCCUACGCCACGUCAGGUCCCAUGUACAUGAGUGACAACGAGGUCGCAAUUGGGACUUCAUCUGACCACCCUAAGACUGCCGUAGCGACGGGUCGCUUUGGAGGUAGCAUACCCUAUGGAGUCCGAGGAACGGUUACCGGCAGUACACCUGACAUGGCAAUGGUGCCGGCAGUAUCGACUGACUCUAUGGGCUUUGGAGGCGAGAUCCAUGCAGCUUCAACUGUUCCUCACUCCCUACGCCAGGCGAGAGACAACACCAUCAUGGAGCUCCAAGCCCAGCUCAAGGAAGUGCUAAGGGAAAACGAGCUCCUUCGGAAGGAGAUUGAGGUUAAGGAAAGCAAGCUGAGCUCCUCCAUGAGCUCCAUCAAAAGCUUCUGGAGCCCGGAGCUGAAGAAGGAACGUGCCCUGCGAAAGGACGAGGCGUCUAAAAUAUCAGUGUGGAAGGAGCAGUACCGCGCUGUGCAAGAUGAGACACAGCAUCUGCAGACAACAGUGCAGGCGCUGCAGGCCGAGCUGCGUAUCCAGCGUGACUUGAACCAGCUUCUCCAGCCGCCCGGGGAGCCUCUGGCCUGCGAACCCAGUGAGGAGCAGGAACGUCAGGCUCGAGAGCUCUUCUUGCUCCGCCGUACGCUGGAGGAGAUGGAGCUGCGCAUGGAGGCCCAGCGGCAGACGCUCGUUGCUCGCGAUGACUCUGUCAAAAAGCUCCUGGAGAUGUUGCACAGCAAGGGCCCGUCAGCUAAAGCCAGUGAAGAAGAUCAUGAGCGAACACGACGCCUGGCAGAUGCAGAGAUGCAUGCGCACCACCUGGAGAACCUGCUAGAACAGCGGGAUAAAGAGCUGGUGGCUCUCAGAGAGGAGCUGCACCGCCGCCUCGAGGGGACGCCAGAGACCACCAAAACAAAAGCUCUUCAGACUGUCAUUGAGAUGAAGGAUUCUCAGAUCGGUUCUCUGGAGCGGGGCCUUAGAGAGUUGGAGGACCAGGUGAUGAUGCUUCGCUCCAGCAGCAUGUUGAGCUGUGAAGAGCGGCAGGAGGAAGCCAAGCAGAUGGAAGUCUAUCGCAACCACACCAAGUUCAUGAAGAACAAGAUGGACCAAGUUAAGCAAGACCUUUCCAGAAAAGACACCCAGCUUCUUGGCUUGCAGACCAAGUUGGAAACCCUGACUAACCAGUUUUCUGACAGCAAACAGCAUAUUGAAGUGCUCAAAGAGUCUCUAACUGCCAAAGAGCAACGGGCUGCUAUUCUGCAGACAGAGGUGGAUGCUCUGAGGUUGCGUCUGGAGGAGAAGGAGACCACGUUAAACAAAAAGAGUAAGCAGAUUCAAGAAAUGUCUGAAGAAAAAAGCACACUCAAUGGGGAAAUACAUGAUCUGAAGGACAUGCUGGAUGUCAAGGAGCGUAAAGUCAACGUGCUCCAGAAAAAAAUUGAAAACUUGCAGGAGCAGCUGAGGGAUAAAGAGAAACAGAUGAGCAGUCUGAGAGAGAGGGUUAAAUCCUUACAGACGGACACCUCUAAUACAGACACUGCCCUGACCACACUGGAGGACUCACUGGCUGAGAAGGAACGUAUUAUUGAGCGUCUGAAGGAGCAACGUGACCGUGAGGAGCGAGAGAAAGCCGAAGAGCUGGACACCAGUAAAAAAGAGCUGAAGGAGUUAAAGGAGAAAGUCAGUCUGCUGCAGGGAGACCUGUCAGACCGUGAGACUUCUCUGCUGGACCUGAAAGAGCAUGCGUCGUCCCUGGCCUCGUCUGGCCUGAAGAAAGACUCCAAACUGAAGAGUCUAGAGAUCGCCCUUGAGCAGAGGAGAGAGGAGUGCAGUAAACUGGAGAACCAACUCAAGAAGGCCCACAGUGCUGCAGUGAACGCCCAGGCCAAUGCCGAGAUUUCUGAGCGCAUUUCUUCGCUUGAAGCUGAUGUGUCCAGACACAGAGAGGACUCGGCCAAAGCCCAGGCUGAAGUCGAUCGUCUACUGGACAUCCUGCGUCAGAUGGAGAAUGAGAAGAAUGACAAGGACAGAAAAAUCAGUGAGCUGGAGAGUGUGGCUUCCAGGCAAAUGAAAGAGCAGAGUAAGAAGUCUGGCAAACACAAGGAGCCGCCGGGAAAGGGCAGAAAUGUCAACGAUGGCCCACAGCAGGAGUCUCUGCGGCAGAAGGCAGAGCGUAUCGAGGAGCUGGAAGAGGCUCUCAGAGAAAGUGUUCAGAUCACUGCCGAAAGAGAGAUGGUACUGGCACAGGAGGAGGCCGCUCGCAACCACCAGGAGAAACAGAUGGAAGAGCUGCUCGGAGCGAUGGAGAAGGUAAAGCUGGAGCUUGAGUCCAUGAAGGCCAAGAUGUCGUCCACCCAACAGUCUCUGGCAGAGAAAGAAGCUCAUCUGACCACACUGAGGGCCGAGAGGAGACGACACCUGGAGGAGGUGCUGGAGAUGAAACAAGAGGCUCUUCUGGCUGCCAUAAGUGAGAAGGAUGCUAACAUCGCCUUGCUGGAGCUCUCUUCAUCUAAAAAGAAGAAAACACAGGAAGAAGUGGCUCAGCUGCGAAGAGAAAAGGACCGUUUGGUGCAGCAGCUCAAACAGCAGACACAGAACCGCAUGAAGCUCAUGGCGGAUAAUUAUGAUGAUGGAUACUUGAAAACACCACCUGACCAGACCAAUCACAAACCUCCGAAAUCACCUGAUCAGAUAAGAUCUGGACGGAGAGUGACGGUGCGCAGGAGCUCUACACUGGCCACCUGAUUAUCCCAUUCAACUACCCAUAAACCCUUCUGACACAUUAACACAUCAUCAGCCUACAUCAUCACACCAGUAACCAGGAACCACGGCCAGUGAAACACACACACACUUCACAGUGGGAUCCUGGGACGGUGAGUCAGUGUGGAGCUGCAGCUUUUUGGACCUCCAGAACCAAACUGGCCAUAAUGGACCCUCCUCCACUGUCUCUCUGCCCUCAUCCAAACUAAACCGGAGCCCUCAAAGAGCCUGCAAACGUCCGCGGUCCUAAUACUGGUGCAGCACAGAAAAUAUGCAGUGUUAGUCGAGUCGUGAAUGCAACUUUAAUUUCGUUUUCUUGAUAUGUCAUCAUGGUUGAGUAAAAACAGAUUUAGAAUGUUAACCUGAUCAAUGGGUGGUGCUAUAUAAACAUAACUGAAUGCCAAACUGUUGUUAACAAUAUUAAAAAAAGUGUUAUGCUACUUUAAAACUGCGCUCAGUAUUAAGACUGUCGGACCCUUUACUAAAAAAAACAUUUAGGACACCUUCAAGAGCAUGACGUAAACAUUUUAGAUAGUGGUGCGUCUAUUUUGUCAAACCUGAUGCUAAGUCAGAGGAGAAAAUCAGGUUUUGUGUGUCCUUUAAUUCCAGCUGCUAUAAGGAUUAGAUAUAAAACAUCUGUGGAAAAAAAAGUGCUCAAGAAGGAGUCCAUCGAGGGGUUUGUGCAAGAAAUUACAGUGAGACUAGUUGUUUUUCUAGCAGCUCUUAGACAGGACAUUGUAGGCUCCCCGAAUAUCUUCAUAUUAUGUCCUGAUAACCAGUUUCUGAGAGCUCAUUGCUGGUUCUAUGUACUCUCAUAAACGUGGAUAUCAUUGUGUCUCUCUCUCUCUCAAAGUGGAUUUUUUUUAUGUUGCAUUUGUGGCCUAGUGUCUUCGUGUAUUAAAACUACAAUAAAAAAGGAAAGUCCACUAAAAAAAAUAACAAAAAAAAGAUUAAAGAAAAGAAAUGAAAAUAGAUGAUCAAAUCUUAUAAAAGACACGGGUAUGGGUGUUCUGAAUUUGUAUAAAUGUGUAUGUAUAUAAAUCUGUAUUAUCAGUGU